GGCGUGGUUAGGGAAAGGGGAUCGGGUAAAAUCCCAAAACAAUGCUGCCGGUUGUAGUUGUCUUGGCUCUGCUGUGGUUUUCUAGUGGAUCUUCAGCAGAUCCACAGAACAUCACAGCUGAACCUGGACAGGAUGUCACUCUGAGAUGUAAAGAUACAGAAAAAAACAAGAUCAUACUUUUAGAAUGGAGUAAGACAGAUCCAGUGAAUAAGAUUAUGUUUGUGAUUAGAAAUGGACGACCACUUCCAGCAGUUCAGGAUGAGUCUUUCAAGAACCGAGUGUCUCUGAAGGACCCUCAGAUGAAGGAUGGAGAUCUGUCUGUGGUUCUGGAGAACGUGACGGUCGAUGACACUGGAACAUACGAGUGUAGAGUCAGACUAGAAAAUGAUCCACAGAGAAACAUGAAGCUGAUCUCCACCAUCAACCUGUCAGUGAUUCCUCCAGGAGAAGAAGGAGAAGAUGAAGAUGGAGUCAAAGAUGGAUCCAUUCGUGGUCUUCUGGGUCUGAUUGCUCUGCCGGUUCUGGUUGUGGUUCUGGUUGUGGUUCUGUGGGUCUACAGGAAGAAGUCCAGAGGUUUUCCUGCAGAGUCCUCAGACAAACCCACAGAGGAUCUGUGAGGUUAACCCUUUACAGCAGCUGACCUCUGAUGACCCCUUCUUUCAACGACUGAUGCUCUCAGUUCAUGUGGUUCCAGUGAGAACUGAAGAGGAACCAAGAGAACACUGGAAUGACAUGAACUCCAGAACCUGUUCCACAUGUACAAUCACUGAGAGCUGCAGCUCUGCAGGUCAACAGUCAGGAGGAAGAAACCAGACGAUUGGAUCAACAGGAGAAGAUCUGAGGAUCAGGAAGGAUCACAGACUCUGGAAGUUUCUUCUUUAAACCAAAGUCAGUAUUAUUAAACCUUCAAGCCUUAAUGCAGGAGGCCAGGUCAAAGGUCAAAGGUCAAACCUUCAACAGGAGAAGAUCUGCAGAUCCAGAAGGAUCACAGACUCUGGAUUCUGGAUCCACUUUAAACCAUCUA